GCGAAGCGGAGAGCUCGGCUGGGGCAGCGGAGGUGAAGCCCCCCUGCUCUGGCCUGGGCCCUGGGCCUGCUCCGCCCGCGAUGGAGCCCGGGUCUCAAGCGUCGUCGGAGGACGCGGCGGCUGCGGCGGCCGCUAUCGCUUCGGCCGCGAUGUCAGCCACAUCGGCGGCUCCUCCGCCGCCGCCUCCUCCGCCGCUGCUGCCCGUGCCGGUGGUGUGGAGUCCCGAAGUGGAGGUGUGCCUCUUCCAUGCCAUGCUGGGCCACAAGCCCGUCGGUGUGAAUCGCCAUUUUCAUAUGAUCUGUAUCCGAGAUAAAUUUAGUCAGAAUAUUGGGAGGCAAAUUUCUUCCAAAGUAAUCUGGGAUCACUUGAGCACGAUGUAUGACAUGCAGGCACUGCAUGAGUCUGAGAUUCUUCCUUUCCCCAACUCAGAAAAAAACUUCAUCCUCCCUGAAGAAAUUAUUCAAGAAGUAAAAGAAGGUAAAGUGAUGAUUGAAGACGAUGUGAAGGAAGAAAUAAAAGAAGAGAUGGAAGCGCACUCAGCCGCUGAAGAAGGUAUUUUGAUAUGUAAAAGACAAGUCUUCAUAUAUGCUUCUCUGGGGAGCCUGGCAAAGGCCACCGAGAAACCCAGCAGCAAAGAGAAGGAGCGAAGUUCCUCAGAGUCUGGAUCCAAAGAAGGAGGAGAUAAGAGGAAGCGGAACAGAGUCACUGAGAAGGUCUUAAAUGCAAACAGCAACCCGUCCAGUCCCAGCGCAGCCAAAAGGCGCAGGACAUAAAAGAUGGCGGAACCACCCUGGAGCGGAUCCUGGG